CUCCCCUCCCCCCCCGCAGGGCUGUCACAGAGAUGGCAUCGAUUGCGGCGUCGCCCGAGCCGGGGGUGAGCCCGGUCUCCAUGGCGCUGGCCGAUGCCUUGGUCCCCGCCAGCAUAUUCGCUCCGGACCGGGGAGGAUGCGGGGACGAAACCGGGGACGAGUGCUACGACGACGGCGACCUGAUCAACGGCGAGCUGGAGCACCGCGGGGUGGACUUCACCAACAAGCUGGCGCUGGUGAGUCCGAACGGGGAGCAGUAUGACUCGUUACUGCGCCAGCUGCGAGACAGAAUGGAGGAGGGCUGUGGAGAGACCAUCUACAUGGUGGGCAUGGGCUCAGAUGGCGGCGACUGGGGUCUGAACGACACGGACAUGGAGGCCUCGGCGGCCACCGUGCGCUCCAUGUGCGAGCAGGUGGACGCGGACCUCAUCACCCUCCGGGAGCGCACCGAGGCCGCCGGCUUGGUGCGCGACUAUCUGAUCCGCCGGCGUGUGGGUGAGCUGGACUUCCUGGAGGUCAGGGUUGCAGUCGUGGGUAACGUGGAUGCUGGUAAGAGUACUCUGCUGGGAGUGUUAACGCACGGAGAGCUGGACAAUGGCAGGGGCUUUGCCCGCCAAAAGCUCUUCAGACACAAACACGAGAUGGAGAGUGGCAGGACCAGCAGUGUGGGCAACGAUAUCCUGGGGUUUGACCAGGAGGGACAGGUGGUCAACAAACCAGACAGUCACGGAGGAAGCCUGGACUGGACCAAAAUCUGUGAGAAGUCCUCCAAGGUCAUAACCUUCAUCGACCUGGCUGGCCAUGAGAAAUACCUCAAGACCACAGUGUUCGGGAUGACCGGACACCUGCCCGACUUCUGCAUGCUCAUGGUGGGCAGCAAUGCGGGUAUCGUGGGGAUGACCAAAGAGCACCUGGGCCUGGCCUUGGCUCUGAAUGUGCCCGUGUUCGUAGUGGUGACCAAGAUCGACAUGUGUCCAGCCAACAUCCUGCAAGAGACGUUGAAGCUGCUCCAGAGGUUGCUGAAGUCGCCCGGGUGCAGGAAGAUCCCCGUCCUGGUGCAGAACAAGGACGACGUCAUCGUCACCGCUUCAAACUUCAGUUCCGAAAGGAUGUGUCCCAUCUUCCAGAUCUCCAAUGUGUCCGGGGAGAACAUGGACAUGCUCAAGAUGUUCCUCAACCUGCUCUCCUCCAGGACGUCGUACCGCGACGACCAGCCUGCUGAGUUCCAGAUAGACGACACGUACUCCGUCCCGGGAGUGGGGACCGUAGUGUCGGGGACCACCCUGCGCGGACUCAUACGUCUGAACGAUACGAUGCUGCUGGGGCCGGACCCCUUGGGCAGCUUCAUCCCCAUCGCGGUCAAAUCCAUCCACCGCAAGAGGAUGCCCGUGAAGGAGGUUAGGGGCGGCCAGACGGCCUCCUUCGCCCUGAAAAAGAUCAAGCGCUCGUCCAUAAGAAAAGGCAUGGUGAUGGUUUCCCCGAGGUUGUGCCCGCAGGCCACCUGGGAGUUUGAGGCCGAGAUCCUGGUGCUGCAUCACCCGACCACGAUAUCCCCCAGAUACCAGGCCAUGGUGCACUGCGGCAGCAUCAGGCAGACGGCCACCAUCUUGUCUAUGAACAGGGACUGCUUACGUACCGGCGACAAGGCUUCAGUCCACUUCCGCUUCAUCAAGACCCCCGAGUACCUGCACUGCGACCAGAGGCUGGUGUUCAGGGAGGGACGCACCAAGGCCGUGGGCACCAUCACCAAGCUGUUGCAAUCCACCAACAACUUACCAUCCAAUUCCAAACCGCCGCAAAUCAAAAUGCAGUCCACGAAGAAGGCGCCGCCGCGGCGAGAGGACGGCACCGCGGCGGCCGGCGAUGACGCGGCGGCACAGUCAGCGGGCUCGAACGCCGCCCAACCGGGGGAGGGAGAUGAAGAUCCUCAGAUAAAAGAGGGCAACAAAGAGAACAAGCCAAAGUCCGGAGGAGGUGGAAGGAGACGGGGGGGCCAGAGGCACAAAGGAAAAGGCCAGAACAGCAGCACCAACUCCACAGCGGCUCCCUCCUCAGGAACAGGAGGAUCCUAGACCCAAGUGUCUUCAAGGGGAGAAGUGUUGCAGCCAAACACUGCGCCUCAUCACUCACGCCCUUUUCACACCUGCUUCUACGUUUUAUUUCAACUUAUUUAUUUAAAAAAAAAAAAAAGGGAACACAAAGGAUUACAUCCUAAACCAAAAUACACAUCGAAUGCAUUUUAAUGUCAGCUGCCUUUCACUAUUUGUAAUGGUUUGGCUGAUGGAGAGCGGUGUGGUUUGAGCUUAGCCUCACUGAGGGGGAGGAUUUAUUUAAUUUGUCUAUGAAAUGUACAGAAGCUAAACAGAAACGGUACCAACAUGAGCAGCUAUACGUGAGACUCCAUUCAAUAUUCCCCGUGUACUAGCAGUGGAAAACAAUGUACUAUUUAUACUGCGUAUGUAAAUUCAAUGUUAGUUGUGCUGUGAUUGGAAAGGCUCCGUUGUACAAAAUGUAUGCAAAUAAUAAAUGAAUGUAGCUGAA